AGUGGUGAUGGUCCCUGUGGGGGCCCAGGUGGUGUUCCACUGCCAGGUUUGGGGACAUCCCCUUCCCUCCAUCGUCUGGUCCAAACAGGGACGCUCUAUGCAGACUGGUGGAAAGAUCACUGUGGGGGUGAGAAACGCUACCCUCUACAUCCUGUCUGUCAGGAACUAUGACGAGGGCACUUACACCUGUGCAGCCUCUAACACUGUGGGGCAUGACCGGAGCACAGCUACUUUACAUGUCGCUGUGAGCCCCAUCAUAGUGUCCUUCGUUGGAGCAGUGAGCAGCUCAGAAGGGUCCUCCGUGGUCCUGCCAUGCAGAGCAGUGGGGGAACUUCCCAUCAGGUACACCUGGACCAGAGGACACUCUCAGACCUCCAUCACCACAACCCCGGAGAGGCAUGUAGAUGAUGAGGGGGCUCUGCAUAUCUCCAGUGUUCAGUUGUCUGAUGCAGGGGACUACCACUGUGCCGCUGAGAACAGAGCGGGACAACAGCAAAGAAGAGCCACCCUCACCAUCUCUGCUGAAGAUGACCCGGCUGAUAGAGACAAGCAGCAUAGACAGAUUGUGUCUGCAUUUCCAAACACUGAAGCAGAGCAAAGAAUUCCCCUGCCCAGUAACGUCCUGAGUUUAGCUCAGCGUUCUGAGAUGACCCAAUUACAGGCAGGAAGCACAGUCCAAGCAUCUCAAAAAGACUUGAGCAACGACAUCACCCAAGUGUCUACCCCUGGCACGUUACGACUGCUCUCGUCUCUCAAGAAGAAAGCUUUAGGACUAGCAGGUCUCAGCGGAGGACAGACAGGAUUGCUGGUACUACCCGACCUUCACUCCCAGCUCCCAUUGGACCAGGCCUCGGCCAAACCAACCCAGCCCACAAUCACACAGAUCCAGCUUCCAGUACUACAACCCCCACAUCCACCUCUAUAUCAACCCUUAGAACUACUAAGCCAGCCUUCAGUAACUCAUAGAGUCCUCUCACUUACCCAGCUUCCAAUAAUACAUACCCAGCCAACAUUAGCACAUAAUCCACCCCAGUGA